AUGGAAGCCUCGUCUCAGCUCUGCUGUUCUUGCGCGGUUAAGCCUCUCCGACGCACGCGCUCGUCCUUGCCCGACUCAUGGGCUAAGAGAAGCCGCCACCGGUUUGUCCGGAGCACGAGCAGAGGACAAUGGCGGAGCGUCAUCUCGGCAGUGGCCACAUCCGAUCCCAAGACGAAGACGUCAAUUUCAGUGUCCAGUCCUAAGGCCGACAACGGAACUUCCACGGUAAGACAGUGACGACGUGCCUUUUCUCGAUUGCCACAUGGAGAGUAGAAGAAUGUUUUGGUUCCUCGCGUAUGUCCUUCUUUCUAAUUUUUCCCUCUCUGAUUUCAUAAUUUGUCUGUCGGUGACCAUGGCAGAGAUUCGGGAACGUAUCAGAUGAGAUCAGAAGGGUGAGGGCGCAAAUGGAGGAAGACGAACAGCUGGCAUCUUUGAUGAGGGGACUCCGGGGUCAGAAUCUGUCUGAUUCCCAAUUUGCCGACGAGAAUGUUACUCUCCGUUUGGUUGAGGUCAGGUUUCCAUCUCUUGUUCUUACCUACAAAUGAGAACAUGCUUGUACGCUUGUAUUCGUCUUACAAACACCAUGUUUUAUCAUUCUAAUUUAAUGUCACAGAAGACGCGCUGGAUUGAUAACAGUGAUAAUUUGGCGGAUUGUACCGAGUGGUAUGGUAGAUUUGUAGCAUUUAUUGCUGUGGUUGACUUCAUAUUGGCUCUCUAUCUGUUUUAGGGUAGGUAAUCGAUCUGCGGAUAUGGGCCCGAAUUAAGUAUACGUGUAGUUCAUGUAUAGACUACGGUUUAUGUUUAUGUUUACCUUUGGUUACACAUGAUAAUAUCUGGCAAAGAUGCAGAGAAGUUUGUGGAGAUAUUUGGCAAAACUUUGCAAAAUAGAGGCGUAAUAUCAAUGAUUGGACAUGAGAAUACAGUAAAACCUGCCGUUCAGAAGUCACAAUAAUGAAUUAUCAUUCAAGAGACACAAUUUGUCCGUGGUUAGUUAUUCAUUGGUUCAGUUGUGUUUUUCACAUUUUGAGACCAUACCCAGGACACCUGCUGAUUGACUUCAAAGAUUCAACGUGUCUAGGCCAGUAUAAAAUAAAUGGUCAUUUUUAUUUUUUUGCUAUUGUAUGAGCAUUUUGUUGUUUUUACUUGAUGUUUAACAUAUAAAUUGAAAGGUCAGAAAAUUUAUCCUCAAAUGUCAUCAGGAGCCCUUAAGUCAUAGUUAACACGAAGCGCAUUUUGGCUGGACAAAUGCAGAGAUCUCCCUUGCGAGGUGUGCAGGCUGUGAUAUCAAUUGAAAAUACUAGUAAAAUUAAAUAGCGUAUUUCCUGAGUUUAGGACUGCCUAGGCAACAUGGGCUCUUGUGGGUGUCUUCUAAUUUGUUUGCUAAUGAGAGAUGGAUUUAUGUUUUCCCUUGUGAUCUCAUAUUUAAUGCUUCCUGUCUCGAGUAACCAAAGUUGCUGGUUGUCACGCUAUGUCUCCUUUGGUUUUUCAGAUCGUAGAGAGUGGGGAGACUUUGCCACUGGUGUAUGAUCCAGAUAUCAUCUCAGCCUACUGGGGCAAGCGGCCUCGUGCUGUUGCAACAAGAAUUGUUCAGUUGAUGUCUGUUGCUGGUGGUUUUCUUUCUCAUCUUGCCUGGGAUGUGAUAAACAAGAAGAUUAAAGAGGUAAUGCCAGAAGUUAUUGUUUCCUAGAUUUUAUCUUUUCAUGGCAUUGGGUCCGUAUGAUAAUUGUUGUUCUAACUUUCGAGCUCAACUAACUGGAACGACGUACAAUGUAAAUAUUUCGACAGUAUAUUUGUCAGCUGUACUGUAAAAUAUUUUAUUUAUUGGAUUAAGUCAUUACUUAUUUUAUUUUGGAUGCUUAUUUUUGCAGACAUCGUUCAUUGCUUUGUUUUGGAAACCUGUUUUGAAUUUUUACUCGAUUAUUUUCAGAAUGAGGUUGCACGAGCCAUUGAAUUGAGGGAAAUUGUAACCUCUUUGGGUCCAGCAUAUAUAAAACUUGGGCAAGCAUUAAGUAUCCGGCCAGACAUAUUGUCUCCCGCAGCAAUGACUGAAUUGCAAAAGCUAUGUGAUAAGGUAAUACUUAUGAAUAUUUUCCUUUGCAUUCUCUUAUUUUCAACUAUUUUUUAAAAUGGUUGCCAAAUUUUGUUUGUUUUUGUAAAAGCGGAGCUGUUGCUCUCUUUUCUUCUUGCAGAAAUAAUAAAGAUAUUGGAAAAAACACCUCUUGAUUGACAUAAGAUAUGAUUUGCAAGCCAUUUUGGAUGGAACUCAUCUUACCUUUUCUAGCGAUAAUGAAUUGGAACCCAUGUUAUGUUUCUUAGAUUAAGAUUCCCUUCGGAUCUAGGAAAUGCCUGUUACACAUUCUGUGAAAUUGCUUUUACAACGGUAGAAAGCCAAUUGAAUUUACUUCGCAGGUGACCUAAAAUAUGGUGACUGAACAUCAGGAGGAACCGCAAUCCAAGUUUUUCUUCAUUUUCGAAUAGUGAUAGGAGGAAAGCACCAAAUUUAUGUCACAUUUACUCUCCUGGUUACUUUUGUUCUGUAUCAUGAUCUCUGCCUAAAACUUGAUCUGGCAGAAGCGUAUAAUCUAAAGGGAAAGAGAGAAAAAUCAUGCUAUUAUUUCGUGCGUUAUUUUUUAUUUCAAAAACUAUUUACCAGCUAUACUUGGCAGUAUAUGACAUCAGAAGCCGUUUUAAUUGAUGGACUUUAAUCGGUGGGUUUUGAAGGUUCCAUCAUUUCCGGAUGAUGUUGCAAUGGCCUUGAUCGAGGAAGAGCUUGGUCAGCCUUGGUAUAAUAUAUAUUCUGAACUUAGUCCUUCUCCAAUUGCAGCUGGUAAGUCGUACUUCAUUUAGUGUGAUGGCAUGUCUUUCCUUCUGCCUGGGUUUUUGUAUUGUUCUGGACUCUUGUUUACACAAUCAAAUAAGAUUGUCCUUUUAGUUUGUGAAGCAUCUGGAUCUCAUGUAUGAUUUCAAAUGAUUAUGCAGCGUCACUGGGACAAGUCUACAAAGGGAGACUGAAAGAAAAUGGAGAUCAAGUGGCCGUCAAAGUACAACGACCUUUUGUUCUUGAGACCGUCACGGUCGAUCUUUUUAUCAUUCGAAAACUGGGUUUGUUCUUGCGAAAGUUUCCACAGGUAUUGAUAUCUUCCCUUCCCUCUUAUUGUUCAAGCUGGCUUGUGCCCAAAAAUGAUCCUCUGUUGUUUUCCCAGGUUUCUAUUGAUGUCGUUGGGUUGGUUGAUGAGUGGGCUGCACGCUUUUUUGAAGAACUUGAUUAUAUUAAUGAAGGCGAAAAUGGAACACUCUUUGCAGAAAUGAUGAAAGAGGACCUUCCUCAGGUACUUUUUAGUCGCAUUUGACAACUAUGCAUAAUAUUUGAAUACUUAGCAUCACGUGUUACGUAACUUUUUGCUGUCAACUAUUCUCUGAAAACAUCAUAAUGUGUUUCAAUCAUCCAAGUCAACCUGACAGAAUGUUCUAAUAAAAGGACUUCUUAGUAGACAACAAAGGGAAUCAGAUUCAGUUAUUUAAUGUAGAAACUGAAUGGUCAGGUAUUUUGAACAUGAGAAUUAAGGUAGUCAAUGCCGCAAUUUCACAUUUCCGUGGUUUCUUAUUACAUUAUCGUCUGUUUAAAGGGGAAACCCUUGAACUUUCAGAUCUUUAUUGGUAAUAUAGAAAAGUUCUCUGAUUUUAUCCAUCGAUCAGUGACUUAUGCCUGCCAGUCUAUUGAUUGGAUCCAAUUCUGGAAGAGAUUUUAUCUUUGAUUUUACGGCAGAUGUAAUAUAUUUUCAUUCACCAGAAACCUUGCUACGCUGUGUUGACAAGGAUGUGUCUAAUUCUACUGGCAAAGGCACAUAGACUUAACACUGUUCUUGCUAAGAGAGCCUGUUGUACAAUUGACGCCAAAUGGAAAAUAAAUUAAUAUUUUAUUUACAGAAUCAUUAAAUAAGAAGAAUAAAAUCAUGAAAGAAUCAUAGGAAACGUAAACUGUUACCUUUGCACUCUACCGGAUGAUGCUCUAUUAAAAAUGUUAUUUUUAUUCAGCACAUUCUGACACUAGUUUCUGAUACACCAUAGGAGUAAUGACAUCCACUUUAUGUUAUAUUUGGAGGCCCUCUCCACCUUAUGUUUCUUCAAUGAAACCCCGUAAAACUCUUAUUUCCUGCCCCUUCUAUUGACUUUUAGUCAUCGUUAUCAUCUAGGUGUGCGUGUUGGAGGUUAACCUGUACGUCCUUACCCUAAACUUGUUACGACAUUCUCACUAUUUUCAUCUGACACUUUCCCUGUCGGCUUGAUACUGAUAUGGGUAAGUAGACUGAAAUUCACUUGUUUCCAGGGCAUGCCAAUAGCCUUUUCGUUAUAUGCUUUGAGUUCGUAUCUGUUACGAUUAAAAUCGGGGACUUCCAUGAUAUUAUGUGUUUUGUAACUUAUUGGAAUGUUUUUGUUUCAGGUUGUGGUCCCAAAGACGUACCACAAGUAUACUUCGAGAAAGGUUCUUACCACCGAAUGGAUAGACGGUGAAAAGCUUUCACAAAGCACUGAGGGUGAUGUUGGGCAAUUGGUUAACGUUGGAGUCAUAUGCUACCUCAAGCAGGUCUUUUUGCCUCUUAUUGCCUUUAUUAUUUUUAUGAGUUCGUUCUUGUAGUUAUUUGCUGAACAUCCUUUCAUCUUACCUGUUCAAUAUAACAAUCUGAAAUUAACACUGAAUACUUCUAUCUAAGAACUAGUUGAAAAUUGCAGUACCCUGUAACCUUGCUUUCUUGCCAAACAAUUUUCAGUUCUGGGAUCCUCAUCAAGCAUUACACUAAUGCAUUUCCUUGUGAUCAUGAUAUCUAUUUGUGUUUCUGAAGAUUUUGUUUCCUGGUAUUACAGCUUCUUGAUACCGGUUUCUUCCAUGCUGAUCCACAUCCAGGGAAUAUGAUCCGCACCCCAGAUGGGAAGUUGGCUAUUCUUGACUUUGGUAAUUUUACAUUCCCUAUGGCAUUAUUGUGAAGUUUUUUCUGUACACAAUGCUCUGAGCAUGAUUUUUACUUUGAACUGACUGAAUGCGAUUUGGAAUUUAAUAUUAUUUUUUUACAGUAAUACCAUGCAUUCUCAUUGGAAAAAAAAUACUUUAUUGAGUAUAGGUGAAACGCAUAUUCUGAAAGAAAUUCUCAUAAAAUGUAUAAAAGAAGAUCCUCGUAACUGUAUGACAGAUGGAGAACCUGGAGGACGUUCAGUGGGCAGAGUAAGUUGCGGUGGGCAAGUGUCAUUGGAGGGUCAGGAGGGCCAAUUAUGAGGGAGGAGUUGGCAUACCUUGAAGAGAAAGGGAGUGGGAUUUAGGGAAUAAUCAAUCCAAAAACCAGUGGUCAUGGUAGUCUCCUUUGAUAUAUCCUGAUAACCUACCAAAUGGGGAAGAUACAAGAGCUGGUAGGCGGGCCGAAUGACAUUUUGGUUAGAAAGGCGAACAACGAAGUGAUAAAUUUGUCUAAUAAUAGGGAACUGUAGAACUGAAACACCUUCCGUGUAACAUUGAUAUAUCAAAUCCUUGAGGAUGGACAUUGGACAAAGUAGCGUAGAGAUGGCGUGAUUUGCACAUUCUGUCGUGUGAUCCUGGUUCACCUAUGUAGCAGCGGGAGGAAAUAGAUUUGCCUUACCAUAGCAAGGUUAUAUGGGAAAAUUGAAGGCUCACAGCUCUUUACUGCCGAAUGUAAGUCAGAAGAAGAGGGCAGUCCGUGAACGUGAAUUUCUUGGGUCUCAGUGCGCGUAUUUGGAAAAAACAGUAGAAAUCAUUGAGAGAGUGCUAAUAUUGAUGACUAGAAAGGGCAUGCGAAAGUUUUAGAUAUAAUUCCCACAGACGAAUCAUGGAUGCCAAAUAUGUGUGCAUAUGCCAGAUCUUCAUCUUUGAAAAAGGUAGCACCGACCGAAGGCCAGUAGUUUGAGCAAUUGAAGUGGCAAGGGGAGUCCACUAGGGUUUAUUUUGAAGUUUUCUUCGUUUCAUUAGCAUCCAUGCUGAUGGGUUGAUGCGUGUUUUUUCAACUCAUGAUGUAGUUCAUUAAUUUUACUAUGCAUAAUCAUCUGCUCCUUACUUUUGAUCGUUUAACAAAUUGGGGUUGGUUUCUGUAGGCCUGGUUACCAAAUUGACCGAUGAUCAGAAGUAUGGAAUGAUUGAAGCAAUUGCCCACCUCAUUCAUCGGGAUUAUCCUGCAAUUGUUAAGGAUUUUGUGAAGCUUGACUUCAUCCCCGAUGGGGUUAAUCUAGAUCCGAUUCUGCCAGUCUUGGCAAAGGUGUUUGACCAGGCACUGGAAGGUGGAGGUGCAAAGAACAUCAACUUCCAAGAGCUGGCAUCCGAUUUGGCCCAAAUAACUUUCGAUUAUCCGUUCAGAAUACCCCCCUAUUUUGCUUUAAUCAUCAGAGCCAUUGGGGUGCUGGAAGGCAUAGCUCUGGUGGGAAAUCCCGAAUUCGCCAUCGUUGAUGAAGCAUACCCAUACAUCGCACAGGUUAGCAGGAGUUGCUCAUCUUCUUUCGAAUCUUCUUCACAGAUUACUGAUGUCAUGCUCCAUAAAUAUGUACAUGUAUUUCACUUUUGUGCUCAUGUCCACGGCGAUGCCGCUGAUUAUCCAUACUGUGGGUCGCAGAGAUUUUUCUCUUGUAUCAUGUUCUUUUCAAACUGGUUGACCUUAUUUCUCAUGUAUAAUGUUAUAUCAGAGGCUCCUGACAGAUGAGUCACCGAGGUUGAGAAACGCCCUGCGAUACACCAUAUAUGGAAAGUCUGGGGUUUUUGAUGCCGAAAGAUUCAUCGAUGUGAUGCAAGCCUUCGAGAACUUCAUAACUGCGGCCAAGAGCGGCGGAGGAGAGGAGCUCAACGGCGGCAUGGCCAAUCUCGGGAUCUCUCAGAGCCCCACCUACUUGCUUCCCCCCGGCUUUCCAUCGCUCUCAUCCCAGCCCGAGACGCCGAUCAAAACGAGGGCCGCCUUGUCGUUCCUCCUAUCCGACAAGGGAAACUUCUUCCGCGAGUUCAUCCUCGACGAGGUAAACUGCAUGCGUCCUCUCGUGGUGGAGUUUUUCUUUCUAAACCUGCCGGCGUCGUCUUGACUCCUCGUCUGCAGAUUGUGAAGGCGAUCGAUGCGUUGUCGAGAGAUCAGUUGGUGCAGAUUGCGGCAGCCUUGGGGAUCAGGAACCCGUCGCCGGUUUUUUUUAGCAUGGUCCCCGUGAGGACCCCGGCCCUGUUACCCACCAUCACGGAGGAAGACAAGGUUAUACUGAACAACGUAGAGAAGGUGGUCAAAUUCUUGACUUCUGGGACCCCAAACUCGUCCCUCUCUCAGGUAGUUCUACACCCUCUCUCUCUCUCUCUCUCUCUAGAUUGUGGUCGAUUCAUGGGCACAGAAUUAUAUGGAUCUCUUUCUAGUGAUAGAAUCACAACGUAGAAAUCUCUGGCACUUUAGUCUACAUGGUUCUUUCCUCUCUCUUGAUUACCACCCAUCCACGGGCAGAUAAUUUCUCUAUAUUUAGCAUGGAACUCGGCAUGGAAAUCUCUGAUAUCUUGCAUAGUUCAUCUCUCUCUCUCUCUCUCUCUCUCUCUCUCUCUCUCUCUCUCUCUCUCUCACUAGAACACCACUGGGUCCAUGGGUUGCUUAAUUAAUUCUACAGGUUUCAGUGGUAGAAUCUAUCUAAGCUUCGAAAUCUCUAGACUCUCAAAUUGUUGAACUUGGGCAGGACGUGAACGUGGUGUCGGUGAUUCAAGAGCUACUCCCGGUCUUGCCGGGCAUCUCCGCCCGGGUGCUCCCCGAGAUCGUCAGCCGCCUGUCUUCCCGGGUGCUCGCCCGCCUCAUCCGUGAAGCAUUUUUGUAG